AUGAGGUUCAAUGAUUUGGUUGGGUAUUUGUUAGAAGAUUUUGGUAUUGACUCCAACAGAAUCAGUGCAAAGCUUAGCUAUGUGUCUCUUUCAAAAGUAAACUUUGGAAGUAAAGAUUUUCCUCCAGUGUUUAUCAGAAACGAUCGUCAUGUUUCAAAUCUGAAUAAACUACAACAUAAUGGAGGUCUUCAUCUAUGUUUAACAUUAAAGAAGGGAACACAAAUUUUACCAAUGAUUGUGUCAAAUAUGAUUCAGACACGGGAUGACGUUUUGAUUUCUCAUGUUUUGCCUAUUGCUGGAAAUAGUAAUCCGCUUGAGAGGGAAACACAAAUAUCUCCAACGAUUGCGUCAAAUAUGACUCAGACACGGGAUGAAGUUUUAAUUACCCAUGAUUUACCAAAUGCUGGAGGAAUACAAAUAUUACCAUUGAUUAUGCCAAACCUGACUCAGACACGUGAUGAAAUGUCUAGUAAUCGCAAUUCGCCUAUUGCUGGAAGAAGUAAUGCAUUUGAGCGAGGAACACGAUUUCUCCCUGAUACUGAAUAG